AGGGGGCUGGGACCCAGGCAGGCUGAAGGAGGGGCUGGACAGAGCCUUCCUCACCGUGUCUCAUUCCUACUCCCAGAGCUCCUGGGCUCCACCAAGAAGAUCAAUGUCAACUUCCAGGACCCAGAUGGCUUCUCUGCCCUGCACCACGCGGCCCUGAAUGGCAACACAGAAUUGAUCACCCUGCUGCUGGAAGCCCAGGCUGCUGUGGACAUCAAAGACAACAAAGGCAUGCGGCCAUUGCACUAUGCGGCCUGGCAGGGCCGGAAGGAACCCAUGAAACUGGUGUUAAAGGCGGGCUCGGCAGUGAACAUCCCAUCGGAUGAGGGCCAUAUCCCCCUCCACCUGGCAGCCCAGCAUGGUCACUACGAUGUGUCUGAGAUGCUGCUCCAGCACCAGUCCAACCCAUGUAUGGUGGACAACUCGGGGAAGACGCCCCUGGACCUGGCCUGUGAGUUCGGCCGUGUUGGGGUGGUCCAGCUACUCCUAAGCAGCAACAUGUGCGCAGCCUUGCUGGAGCCCCGGCCAGGGGACACCACUGACCCCAAUGGCACUAGUCCCUUGCACCUGGCAGCCAAGAACGGCCACAUUGACAUCAUCAGACUCCUCCUCCAAGCUGGCAUUGACAUUAACCGCCAGACCAAGUCCGGCACAGCCCUCCACGAGGCCGCACUCUGUGGGAAGACAGAAGUGGUUCGGCUGCUGCUGGACAAUGGAAUCAACGCCCACGUGAGGAACACCUACAGCCAGACAGCCCUGGAUAUCGUGCACCAGUUUACCACAUCCCAGGCCAGCAAGGAGAUCAAGCAGCUGCUACGAGAGGCCUCUGCGGCUCUGCAGGUCCGGGCGACCAAGGAUUACUGCAACAAUUAUGAUCUGACCAGCCUCAAUGUGAAAGCUGGGGAUAUCAUCACAGUCCUUGAGCAGCAUCCAGAUGGCCGAUGGAAGGGCUGUAUCCAUGACAACCGGACGGGCAAUGACCGAGUGGGCUAUUUCCCGUCCUCCCUGGGAGAGGCCAUUGUCAAGCGAGCAGGUUCCCGAGCAGGCACUGAACCAAGCCCACCCCAGGGAGGCAGCACAUCGGGACCCUCUGCACCCCCUGAAGAGAUCUGGGUGCUGAGGAAGCCUUUUGCAGGUGGGGACCGCAGUGGCAGCUUGAGCAGUGUGGCUGGUGGCCGGAGCAGUGGGGCCCACACCCUGCACGCAGGCUCUGAAGGGGUCAAGCUCUUGGCAACAGUGCUUUCCCAGAAGUCUGUCUCCGAGUCCAGCCCUGGGGACAGUCCCAUCAAGCCUCCAGAGGGCUCCACAGGUGCAGCCCGGUCCCAGCCUCCAGUGGCCCAUGCUGGGCAGGUCUAUGCGGAGCAGCCACCCAAGAAGCUGGAGCUGGCGUCGGAAGGCAAGAGCGCUGAGGCUGUUAGCCAGUGGCUCGCCACGUUCCAGCUACAGCUGUAUGCACCCAAUUUCCUCAGCGCUGGCUAUGACCUGCCCACCAUCAGCCGUAUGACCCCUGAGGACCUCACAGCCAUUGGGGUCACCAAGCCAGGCCAUCGGAAGAAGAUCACGGCAGAGAUCAGCAGCCUGAGCAUUCCUGACUGGCUGCCUGAGCACAAACCCGCUAACCUGGCCGUGUGGCUGUCCAUGAUCGGCCUAGCCCAGUAUUAUAAGGUACUGGUGGACAACGGCUACGAGAACAUUGACUUCAUCACUGACAUCACCUGGGAGGACCUGCAGGAGAUUGGAAUCACCAAGCUGGGACACCAGAAGAAGCUGAUGCUGGCAGUGAGGAAACUGGCAGAGCUGCAGAAGGCAGAGUACGCCAAGUAUGAGGGGGGACCCCUGCGCCGGAAGGCACCACAGUCACUUGAAGUGAUGGCUAUUGAGUCGCCGCCCCCACCUGAGCCUGCCCCAGCUGACUGCCAGUCUCCUAAGAUGACCACCUUCCAGGACAGCGAGCUCAGUGGUGAGCUACAGGCUGCCAUGACUGGCCCAGCAGAAGGGGCUGCUACCGCCACUGCUGAAAAACCCUCCAACCACCUGCCGCCCACCCCAAGGGCUUCCAUGCGUCAGGAGCCCAGCCUGGGUGGGCGGGCACGGCACAUGAGCAGCUCUCAGGAGCUGUUGGGUGAUGGACCCCCUGGGCCUGGCAGCCCCAUGUCACGAAGCCAGGAGUACCUGCUGGAUGAGGGGGCAGCCCCUGGCACUCCACCCAAGGAGGCUCGGCCCAGCCGCCACGGCCACAGUGUCAAACGGGCCAGUGUGCCCCCAGUGCCCGGCAAGCCACGACAGGUCCUUCCAACAGGUGCCAGCCCCUUUACGCCCCCCCAGACUCCCACUAAAGCCCGGCCAGGUUCCCCCCAGGCCCCAGGGGGGACUCAUGGUCCAGCCCCAGCCACAGCCAAGGUGAAGCCCACCCCGCAGUUGCUGCCACCAACAGAACGACCCAUGUCACCCCGCUCGCUGCCUCAGUCACCUACACACCGUGGCUUUGCCUAUGUGCUGCCCCAGCCCGUGGAAAGUGAGUCAGGGCCAGCUGCUCCGGGGCCUGUACCUGCACCUGUGCCCACACCUGUGCCCAUGCUAUGCCUGCCCCCUGAGGCUGAUGUGGAGCCAGGGCGGCCCAAGAAGCGCGCCCACAGCCUGAAUCGUUAUGCAGCAUCUGACAGUGAGCCAGAGCGUGACGAGCUGCUGGUCCCAGCUGCUGUGGGGCCCUAUGCCACAGUCCAGCGGCGUGUGGGCCGAAGCCACUCUGUGCGGGCACCUGCCAACGCUGACAAGAAUGUCAACCGCAGCCAGUCCUUCGCUGUGCGGCCCCGAAAGAAGGGGCCUCCACCACCCCCACCGAAGCGCUCUAGCUCAGCCAUGGCCAGUGCCAACUUGGCUGAUGAGUCGGCACCAGAUGCUGAGACUGAGGGGUCUGGGACCGAGAAUGGCCGGCUGGGGGUCCGGGCACAACGCCGGCGGGCUAGUGACCUGGCUGGUAGUGUGGACACAGGCAGUGCCGGCAGUGUGAAGAGCAUUGCAGCCAUGCUUGAACUGUCAUCCAUUGGGGGUGGGGGCCGGGCAGCCCGUAGGCCCCCUGAGGGACACCCCACACCUCGCCCUGCCAGCCCAGAGCCAGGCCGGGUAGCCACAGCCUUGGCCUCAGUGAAGCACAAGGAGGCCAUUGGGCCUGAUGGUGAGGUGGUAAACCGGCGCCGUACGCUCAGUGGGCCCGUCACAGGACUUCUGGCCACUGCCCGCCGAGGGCCUGGGGAACCAGUGGGGCCUGCAGAUCACAGCCACUUUGUGGAGGAAGGCACCGCCCGGCAGCGGCCCCGAGGUCCAGCCAAAGGUGAGGCGAGUGGGGAGGGCCCGCCCUUGGCCCGGGUGGAAGCCAGUGCCACACUCAAGAGGCGCAUCCGAGCCAAGCAGAGCCAGCAGGAGAACAUCAAGUUCAUCCUGACUGAGUCCGACACAGUCAAGCGCCGGCCCAAGGCCAAGGAGCGGGAGGCAGGUCUCGAGCCACCCCCACCACUGUCUGUGUACCAGAAUGGCACAGGCACUGUGCGCCGCCGACCAGCCUCUGAGCAGGCUGGGCCCCUGGAGCUGCCCCCACCACCACCACCCACCGAGCCCCCUCCCUCCGACCUGAUGCACUUGCCCCCACUGCCCCCACCAGACAGUGAUGCCCGGAAGCCAGCCAAGCCACCUGUCUCUCCCAAGCCUGUCCUGGCUCAGCCGGUGCCGAAGAUCCACGGGUCACCCACACCUGCCUCCAAGAAGGUGCCACUGCCAGGUCCCAGCAGUCCAGAGGUGAAGCGUGCCCACAGCACGCCGCCGCCGCCUGUGUCUCCCAAGCCGCCGCCGCCGCCCACGGCGCCCAAACCGGUCAAGGUCGCGGCCGCCGUGUCCCCCGCUGCGCCUGACGGCGCCUCGCCUGUAGACAGCGCCCGGCAGAAGCUGGAGGAGACAAGCGCGUGCCUGGCGGCGGCGCUGCAAGCUGUAGAAGAAAAGAUACGGCAGGAAGACACGCAAGGCCUACGCCCCUCGGCCGCGGAAGAGAAGAGCACGGGCAGCAUCCUGGACGACAUCGGCAGCAUGUUCGAUGAUCUGGCGGACCAGCUGGACGCCAUGCUGGAGUGACGCGGCCCAUGUUGGGUCCGCUCAGGCUCUGGCCCGCACACUGAC